GCUAUGGCCUUCACCCGCUACGGGUGGGCACUCUGCCUCUGGGUCCUCAUUCCUUCGUUUCAAUAUGGAUAUCACAUAUCGGCGCUCAACCAGAUCCAAGCCGUCCUCACUUGUCGGCGGACUGCGCAAUCCGCCUCCGCACUGGGGCUGCCGACGUGCAUACCGAUGAACGAUGCGUUGUUCUCCACUGUGACCUCCAUAUACACCGUCGGCGGUCUCGUAGGGAGCAUGGUCGCUAACGUAUUCAUCGACCGCUGGGGCCGCAAAGGCACCGUGCGCGCGAGCACGGUGCUGAACGUCGCGGGCUCCGGGCUCAUGACGCUGUCCGGCAACGUCGUCUUCCUCAUGAUCGGCAGGUUCACCACCGGACUCGCAGCGGGACUCGGCAUCUGCGUCGUGCCCAUAUACCUCUCCGAAAUCGCCCCUCCCAAAAUCAAAGGAAGCGUCGGCGUGCUCAACCAGCUGUCGAUCGUCAUCGGCAUCCUCGUCACCCAACUCCUCGGAUUCAAAUACGCCACGCCCACCCACUGGCGCUACGUCCUCCUCUUCUCCUCCGCGCUUUCCCUCGUCCACCUCCUCGUGAGCGCAUCAAUGACCGAGUCUCCCGCCUGGCUCGAAGGGCGCGGGCUCAUGGUUGAGGUCGAGGCCGCGCGCCAGCGGCUGUUCGGGCGAGCCAAGCUCCGGGAUGAAGAUGAUGCAGAGCAGCAAGAGGCUCUUCUGGAGGAGGAAGACGCCGAAGUCCUCCACCGCUCCGCCGACCCGCCGGCCGUCGCGUACACUGUCCCGCAGGCGCUCAAAGCGCCCGAGCUCCGCCGCGCACUGCUCACCGUCAGCCUCAUCAUGAUGUCCCAGCAGCUCUCCGGCAUCAACGCGGUGCUCUACUACUCGAACGACAUCCUCUCCAAAUCGCUCCCGGAGCUCGGGCCCUACGUCUCGCUCGGGAUCACCGUCGUCAACGUCCUCAUGACCUUCCCGCCCAUCUUCCUCAUCGAGCGGCUCGGGCGCAAGACACUCAUGUACGGCUCGGCGCUCGGCGCGAUCGCGUCGGCGCUUGCCCUCGGCUACGGCCUCGACGAAGGCAUCGUCGUCCUGUCCAGCAUCGCGAUCCUGACCUUCGUCAUGUCGUUUGCGAUGGGGCUCGGCCCUGUCCCGUUCGUCAUCAUUCCCGAAGUGGCGCCCUUCCACGCCGUCUCGGCGUUAUCCACCGUCGGACUCUCCCUAAACUGCGAGUUAUCCUCUCCUUUUUUUCCGUUCACGAAGCACGAAACUGACGAACACGAAAUCAUGUUCACAGGGAUCAUCAACUUCUGCGUUGGCCAGAUCUUCCUCCCGCUCCGCAACCUGCUCUCGCACGGCGACCCGUCCAAGGCCGGCCGGGUGUUCUACGUUUUCGCCGCGGUGUUGAGCACGAGCAUGUUCCUCUUCUCGAGGGUGUAUCGCAGUUAA